CGAAAAUACUUUUUGAAACUAUUUUUAAAAUUUUUAUUUUAAAAUUUUUAAUUUUUAAUUUUUAAUAUUUAUUUUUUAUUUUAUAAAAUUUUAAAUCUCAAUCCCAAAUCCCCACCCCUUAACUCUAAACCCUAAGGUUUAGAUUAAUUAACCCUAUGAGUAUAAAUGUAUAUUUACCUCUUUAAUAAAAUAUUUUGGUCAUUUUGAUCCUUAGAAUCUGUAUUUGUGACAUAACUUUUUUUAGUGUUAUCUUAUGGUAUUUCCCUUUUCGUAUUGUUGUUUAAUGUUGUUGUAUUAUCCCAUAGUGAUUUUGUUUGGUAAACUUUUUAAUGUUGUUGUAUUAUCCCAUAUAGUGAGUUUGUUUGGUACACUUUUCACUCUUCAAUCAACAAAGCUUGAGUUAGCAAAACAAAAAGACCAUAGGAAUUUAUAGGGUUGGGUAAAAUACUUGAAUCUGAAGAACCGAACCGAACUUGAUCCAAAAAAUCAUAUUUAAAUCAAAAUAGGUAAAUAUCUAAUCGAAAUUUUGGUAUCAAAAGAACCAGAUCCGAACCCGACCCAAAUCAAAAUAUUUUGGAUUACCGAAAAUAUCCAAAUCACAAUUAUAUUCUUAAAUAUAUUUAUUUUAGAUAAAAUAUCUAAAGUAUUCAAAAAUAUUCAAAAUUAUCCAAACUAUUUGAAAAUGUCCAAAAUACAUAAACAUAUUUAAAAAAAAAACUCAAAACACCAAAAAUGUCUACUAGUUCUUUACACAAAUAUCCCAACCAAAGUAAUUUUCAUGUUAGUUUUUUUUUUUGUCAGCAAUUUUCAUGUUAGGGGUGUAGAUAUUUAGAAUACAUUAUUCAAAAUAAUAUCUUUUAUAUUAUUUUAAUUUUUGGAUUUUAAAGCAUGUUAAAUUUUCUGAAGUUUUUUAUAUAGUUUAAAUCGAUAUAUGAACCCAAACAAAACUGACAAAGAUUUCAACCGAACCAAAAUUUAUAAAUCUAAGUUAAAAAGUCAAAUAGACCUAAUUAAACCAAACUUGAAUGACUAUCUGACUGCGCUCGUGGUUUAAAUAAUAAACAGUCCAGCCGACUAUACUUCCGUUUGGGCCAAAUUUUAAAACUAAUCGGAUCUUGACCCGACCCAUAAUACAUCACCGCUUACGCAAACACAUAUCAUCGUCGACGUUAACAAACUUCCCUCAACCGACCUCCGAGCCGUCGCCGCAAAAUAUAUAUAUAUAUCACAUCCCACAAUCCAUAACCUCAAAAACUUCUCCAUUUCUCAAACGAAUCAAAGUACAAGCGAUGUCAGGCUUAGCAUGUAAUUCAUGUAACAAGGAGUUCGAAGACGACGCUGAGCAGAAGCUCCAUUACAAGUCCGAGUGGCACCGCUACAAUCUCAAGCGCAAGAUUGCUGGCGUUCCUGGAGUUACGGAAGCUUUGUUUGAAGCUAGACAAGCUGCUUUAGCUCAGGAGAGGAUCAAAUCUGUUGAAGCACCUUUGCUUUACACUUGCGGAGUCUGUGACAAAGCUUACAGGAGUUACAAAGCUCACGAGCAGCAUCUGAAAUCAAAGAGCCACGUUUUGAAUGCCUUUUCACAAGGAGGGAACGGAGAGGAGGAGGAUAAAGCGAUAAUUAAGCAGCUUCUUCCUCCUCCUCGCCGUGUUGAGAGGAAGGAGCCUGUUUCGAUUGAGGAAGAGAGUGAAGAAGAAGAAGAAGAAUGGGUUGAGGUUGAUUCUGACGAGGAUUUGGAAGGUGAAGAUAUGGAUGAUGAGUCAGGUUCUGGUGAAGACGUGGAGGAGGAUGAUAUCGAGUUUGAGUUGGAUCCGACUUGCUGUUUGAUGUGUGAUAAAAAGCAUAAGACGUUAGAGAAGUGCAUGGUUCAUAUGCAUAAGUUCCAUGGGUUCUUCAUAUCUGAUAUCGACUACCUCAAGGAUCCAAAAGGGUUUCUAACCUACGUUGAUCUAAAGGUCAAGAGGGACUUCAUUUGUCUGUACUGCAAUGAGUUGCGCCAUCCGUUCAGCAGCUUGGAAGCUGUUCGAAAGCAUAUGGAAGCCAAGAGUCAUUGCAAAGUGCACUAUGGUGAUGGUGGUGAUGAAGAAGAUGCGGAACUAGAAGAGUUCUAUGACUACAGCAGCAGUUACGCCAAUGAAGGUGAAAACCAGAUGGUUGUAUCUGGUGAACCAGCUAAUACCGUAGAGAUUUUUGGUGGGUCUGAGCUUGUGAUCACUAAGAGAGGGGAGAACAAAGUAACGUCCAGGACUCUGGGGUCUCGAGAAUUCAUGCGCUACUACAAACAGAAGCCACCACCAUCUUCUCAGAAGCACAUCGUCAACUCUCUAGCCUUGAGGUACAAGAGCAUGGGUCUAGCAACAGUGCAGUCCAAGGAGGACAUAGUGAGGAUGAAGGUGAUGAGAGAGAUGAACAAAAGAGGAGCGAGAAUGCGUGUUAAGCUUGGAAUGAAGAGUAACGUAAUCAGAAAUCUGCCCAAUAACGUCACGUAUUAGUCUCGCCCAAACUAGUGCUGUUUGAUUCUGCAACGCUUGUUUGUUGUACUGUGAGAUCACAAAACCAUAGUUUUACUGGACCUAUAUAGCUCAUAUGCUCUUGAAAUAUUCUUAUGCCCAUUGGGUCGAUUUUCUCUGAUUUAGCCCAUAGUACUUUAUUUUCUAUUUUCAUUCUUUCUGGUAACUACAGACUCUAUUUCAUGUAAUAACAUGAGCACUCGAGUCCUAACUCAUAUAUACAAAUGUAUCACACAAGGCAGCUAGUAUAAUGUCUAUUUAUCA